GGUGUCCCGAUUUCAUUGAAUAUUAAAAUAUCUGUCGAAUUAUUGAUAAUUAUAAUUUAAAUCUAUCAAAAUGGUGGAAGCACAGAAGUUUAGAAUAGAGCAGGAGAUGACCAAUCUCGUAAAUGAAUUGGACAAGAGCUAUUUACGAAAAAUGCAGGGUGACAUGCACAGAUGCGCAGCGCAGUGUUGUGACAACCAGCAGAAUACUUUAGAGAGAGUGCACGGAUGCAUUGACAACUGCACUACCUCUCUCAAUCAGGCUAACAACUAUGUACAGAAUGAGAUCAACCACUUCCAGAACAGGCUACAGCGCUGCGUGAUGGAUUGCAACGAUUCGGCACGAGACAGGCUCGGCCCGGAUCCUAGUCAGGAAACUAUCGACAAAUGCACGAUAGACUUUGAGAAGUGCGCCGUAAAAUGCGUCGAUAAGCACAUGGGCCUUAUUCCCAGCAUGCUAAAGACCAUGAAGUCCGUGCUGGCCAGCGGGAAGCCUCCUCCAAUGAGGAGCGAAUGAGAAAUA